UGACAUCAAAACUGACUGAAGCCGCAAGUGUUCCUGCAGCAACUGAAAGAGGAUUAGAAUCAACAGAAUCUCCAAUGCUUAAAACUAUUUCCACAAAUACUAUACCCAGCACAUCCUCCAAUCGAUCAAUGGAGAUUCCAAUGGUUUCGCCUGAUUCAUCAAUUCAGACACCAACUCUGUCUUCAGAAUCUUCUGAUGUAAUGACAUCAAAACUGACUGCAGCAACAAGUGUCCUAACAACAAGUGAGUCAGAAGCAUCAGAUGUAGUGCCAUCAAAAGCAAAUGCAGCAACAAGUCAAUCUGCAACAACUGAGACAGAUAUGGGGUCAUCACAUUCUGCAUCUCUUUUUCUGAGUAAAUUGACAAUGCACACAUCCGCAAGGAUAACACUUGCAUCUUCAAAGGAAAUUAAGGUGCCAUCCUCUACAGUGGCCUCAAACACAACAAGUAAAGCAGUUGUGUCAAUACCAACCUGGAUGAUCAUCAUCAUUGGCAUAGCUGCUGUUCUGCUCCUGUUCGUAGUUGUACUCAUAGGCUAUGUGACUGCAAUGUAUGUUUAUCAGAAGAUUGGGGCAUACAACAUGAAAAACACACAAGACAAUUGUUAUCUCCAGUUUGGAUCAUGGAGGAAUAUUGAUGAAGAAAUAAUGACAUCUUGAAGGACAGUCUUUGCUUGUACAAGAUCAUCAUUAUUCUGGAUGAAAUACAAAAUAAGCUUAUAUUUCUUUUAAAUUAGGACUGUGUUUCAUUUAAAAUUUCUAGAAUAUAAUAUACUAUAUUUUAAAUAAUGUUGAAGUUUGUAUGGCAAGAUAUUUUUCUGUAAGCGUAAAAAUGGGAAAAGGUGAAUUUUUAUGUGCUACCUAUACAGUAUCAGUAUGGGGGGGGAUCCUCAUCAAAGUGGAAAGUGUUCGAGUUUCAUCCCUGUUAUCUCUAAUUAAACAAUUAAAAGGAGGAGGAGGCUUCAUAGACACUUGCACCUUCAUUUGAUGAGGAGCCUAGCACAUCAUCGCAAAAGACAAGGCUGAAAAAUUUGCAACUAUAUUCAGCUAGAAUUUCUGAGAGAAUGAUCCACCUUGACAAGCUCUUGAAUUUCCCAGAAUCACAGUUGCCAGUUUUCAGUCAACUUGAUUCAAUCCACAUAAUGCUGAGAAUGCACAGGAUACUCCAAAUUUUAUGGGCCUCGUAAUACUCAGCAAUAGUACUGAAGAUGUGCUCUAGGACUUGCCACACACUUAGUCAAGUAGUUUCAACACAAUUAUAACAUUGUCACCUGCGCACAAAAAGCAGCACAAAUCAAAUGUGGCCAAUCACAGUCCUAUCAGUCUAUUCUCAAACAGUGAAGUGAUGGAAGGUGAUGGUAACAGUGCGAUAAAGUGGCAUUCACACAGUAAUAAUCCAUUCACUGAUGGUCAGUUUGGGUUUCAUCAAGACCUCUUAGCUCCUAACCUCAUUACAGCCUUGGUCCAAAUAUGAAGAAGAGAGGUGACAUCAAAGCAAUUUUGACUGAUUUGGCAAUAUUAUUGGGAGGUUAUCACUGGGAGGUUAUCAUUGACGAGAAGCUAAACUGGACCAAGCAUACAUAUGCUGUUUGACAUAAGCAAGACAGUGGGUGGGAAUUGUAUGAUGCGUAACUCACCUUCUGUUUCCUCAAAGUCUGUCCACCAUCUACAAGGCACAAGUCAGGGCGGCACAGUAGUCAGCACUGUAGGCUCAUAGUGCCAGGGACCUGGGUUUGAUUCCAGCCUUGGGCAACUGUCUG